AUGGAUGCAUGCCAUCUCUUGUUGGGACGUCCGUGGGAGUUCGAUCGUCGGGUAAUCCAUGAAGGAUUCCUCAACACAUAUACCUUUCGUUUCAAUGAUCGUACUUUUACGCUGAAGCCUUCGGCUCCUGCCAUGAUUACUAGUUCACCAGCGACACCACCAAAUCCGGUUUUGUUACUUAAACAAGCGGAAGUCAAGGAAGCAUUGCGUGAUGCCGAUCAAAUCAUUCUUCUUCUAGCAGUACCUGCUUCCUCAUUCAACGAUCAUGAUAUACCACCUAAGUACAUGCCGCUACUAAUGGAAUUCGCAGACGUGUUUCCGGUAGACUUACCAUCCCAGCUACCUCCCCUCCACGAUAUUCAACAUCAAAUUGACCUUAUACCUGAUGUGUCCCUUCCUAAGUCGAUCCCAUUAUCGAAUGAGUCCAGCGGAACAUGA